AUGCAGCCAUUCACAAUAUUGUUAGGGGCGGCUAUUGCUGCGAUUUUUUUGUUUCGAGGAUUAAGAAUCGGACGAAGACCAGCAAACUACCCCCCAGGUCCGCCAACUUUGCCUUUACUGGGGAAUAUACACCAAAUGCCCUCUAAAGAUGCACAUAUUCAAUUUGAAAAAUGGGCAAGGGAAUACGGCCCCAUCUAUAGUCUUAUUCUAGGCACAAAGUGUCUCAUUGUACUCUCAAGCGAUGAGGUAGUAAAAGACCUUCUCGAUAAACGAAGCGGCCUAUACUCGCAUCGACCAGAAAUGUACAUUGGCCAGACUUUGUGCAGUGGUAAUUUGAGACUUUUGAUGAUGGGCUACGGACCAACAUGGCGUGGGUUCCGUAAAAUGGUCCACGGUCUACUGAAUGUCACCACCUCCAAGAAAUACGUACCUUACCAAAUGCUAGAGAACCGACAAAUGUUGUAUGAGCUCCUCACCAAACCAGAGGGAUUCCUCAAACACAUUCGUCGAUACUCCAAUGCUCUCACAACAACCAUGGUUUUUGGCUGGCGCACACCUACAUAUGAGGACGAGAAGAUGGUCCAACUUUUCAACGGAUUCUCAGAAUUCGCAGAAAUCAACCAAACCGGAACAGCUGCGCUGAUCGACUUCUACCCAUGGUUGCGACACCUCCCCGACUUCCUGCUCCCAGCCCGAAAGAAAGCCAAGGACCUUCAUAAACAUGAAAAAGCACUAUAUCUAGGUCACUGGCUGCGAGCCAAGGAAGAGAUCCGUCAAAACACCAUCAAACCUUGCUUCUGCGCAGGCAUGUAUGAGGCUCAAAAAGAAGAUGGAUUCAGCGAUGACCAAGCUGCCUAUAUAUCCGGAACCCUCCUAGAAGCCGGCUCAGACACAACAUCAAGCACAUUGUACGCCUUCAUACAAGCCAUGCUCCUGUUCCCGGAUGUGCAACAAAAAGCCCAAAAGGAGAUUGACACGGUCAUCGGCCCGAAUCGUCUUCCCGUCAUGGAAGACCUUGCCGAGUUACAGUACGUGCGAGCAUGCAUGAAGGAAACAGUCCGAUGGAUGCCAACAACCAUCCUCGGCGCCGUUCCACAUGCAGUGACCCAAGACGACGAAUACAAGGGCUACUUCAUCCCCAAGGGCGCCGGGGUCUUGAACAACGUCUGGGGCAUCCACAUGGAUCCAAAGCGCCAUCCAAGCCCACGCACCUUCAGUCCCGACCGAUAUCUCCAGGACCGGCAGAGUUUCGGCGAUGCAGCGGCUAAUCCCGACCCCUCAAAGCGAGAUGUAUUCACCUUCGGUGCGGGCAGAAGAAUCUGUCCGGGUAUUCAUGUUGCCGAGCGGAGCCUGUUUUUGGGCAUGUCGCGAAUUCUGUGGGCUUUUGAUAUUGCACCUGAGAUUGAUGGUAACGGUUGUCCUAUUUUCCCUGAUCCUGAUCGCUUGACGCAGGGCUUUGUGUGUAUGCCUGAGGAGUUCCCGGCGAGGAUUACUCCUCGGUCGAAGGAGAGGGCGGAUUUGGUUGUGGGUGAGUGGAAAGAUGCGGAGAGGGAGUGCUUGGAUCCUACGACGGGACAGUGGAUGCAGUCGCCUGAUUAUGCUUAA